AUGCAGGCAUCCGACGUCCACGCCCUGAAGACCGUGCCUGAAUAUGAAGGUAAAAUUGCCGCCAACAUGCAUAUUCAAAACUUCUACUUCUACAAGAACCUGCCUAUCAAAUGGGCACGCAUCGUCGGCAUCGUCGUCGCCGUGGACGACUUCCCGGGCCGGCGCAUCUACACGGUUGACGACAGCAGCGGGGCUUGCAUCGAAUGCACAGUCGCGACAAAGACACCGCCGUCCGACAAAAGCGCUACCAAUCUGGACACCAACGGGUGGUUCACCAAACGACCGCAGCCGCAGCCUCCUGCCGACUGCGUCGACGUAGAUGUCGGCACCGUCAUCGACAUCAAGGGAGGACUGACUAUGUUCCGUGAGGAGAUGCAGAUCAGGAUCGAAAAGGUCAAGAUCCUCCGGUCCACGGAGGAAGAAGUGGCGCUGUGGGAGAAGCGGACGCGGUUCCGGAACGAGGUGCUUCAGCCGCCGUGGGUGCUUAGUGAGAGGCAGAUUCGGAAGUGUAAGAAGGAAGGGAUGAGGGAUGCCGAGAGCGAGGAGAGGAAGCGCAAGAGGGAGAGGAGGCGCGAGGAGAGGAAGAAGGAGGAGGAGGAGAUGCGGCACAAGACUGAGGCUGCCGAGGCGGCGGCUGCGCAGGAGAACCGGUAUCGUGCAUACAAGUUGAAGAAAGCAGAUGGAUCGCGGCCGAUGGUACAGACCAGCCAGGUCGUUACGGCGGUUCCAACUACAACAGUGGCUGCAGCUGCACAUAUCGUGGAGGAUCGAUACCGUGCCUACAAGUUGAGGAAAGGAGACGGAUCGCACCCGAUUGCGUAUGCUGGCCAAGUCAUCGCGGCGGUACCGACAGAGGCUACGGCUGCGUCGGUCGUGGAGGACCGAUAUCGUGCCUACAGUCUGAAGAGGGGGCACUCAACCCAAGAACAGCAGCCACAACGAGUCACGAGGCCGGCCCCGAGUCCGGCCGCGGAAGACCGUUAUACAGCCUACAAGAUCAAGAAAGGAGGAGACCGUCGGCCGGUCAUGAGGCCAGAUGCUACGGCUAUUGACACCGCUGCUGCCGAGGCCGUGGAAGAUCGGUACCGCGUUUACAAGGUGGGCAGGUCUGGGGCUAAUAGCCUGGAGAAGAAAAGAUGA